GCUUUUCCUCCAAUUGCGUUUUGUGAAUGGCAAAUCGUAGCCAAUUGGCAUCGAUAAUUACCGCCAAAAGUUAACAACACUGUUGUAAACACAGUUUAGAGUGUAAUAAUAACAACAGAUACAGCAAUCUCUCUGUUGGCUGAAAUUGGUAAAAAUUGAUGGACUAUUAGCGAAUUGGGCCGCUAUACAGAAAUAGAGAAAAUAUGCUGGAAGAAACGGGCAACAAAUAUACCACGGACGAUGGCAGUGUUGACAACCAGGGCGCCUGGCAACAAAAGUAUUCCUGGCGGCGGGUAUUGAACACCACAGGACCUCAACCCCGACCACGUCAUGGCCACCGCGCCAUUAAUAUUAAGGAGCUGAUGGUCGUGUUCGGAGGAGGCAACGAGGGCAUUGUGGACGAACUACAUGUCUACAAUACCAUCACCAACCAGUGGUUUGUACCGGCCAUGAAGGGCGAUGUACCGCCUGGAUGUGCAGCCUAUGGAUUUGUGUGUGACGGGACUCGUAUGUUCAUUUUCGGCGGUAUGAUCGAAUACGGAAAGUAUUCCAAUGAAUUGCACGAGCUGCAGGCCACGAAGUGGGAGUGGCGGAAAAUGCAACCGGAUCCUCCAGAUAACGAUAUGCCACCGUGUCCUCGUUUGGGCCACAGCUUUACACUGGUAGGUGAACGUAUUUUUCUAUUUGGUGGUUUGGCCAACGAAUCGGAUGACCCGAAAAACAAUAUUCCCAAGUAUCUGAACGAUUUGUAUAUUCUGGAAACGAGAGCUGCCCACAGCUACAACGGGAAAUGGAUUGUGCCCAAGACGUAUGGCGACAAUCCCCCACCCCGAGAGUCGCACACCGGUGUCUCGUUUACCUGCAAAACAUCGGGAAAACUGUAUUUACUUAUAUACGGCGGAAUGAGCGGUUGUCGUUUGGGCGACCUAUGGCUAUUGGACAUUGACUCGAUGACUUGGUCCAAGCCACAAACACGAGGACGAGCCCCAUUGCCCCGCUCCCUGCACAGUGCUACCAUGAUCAAUAACAAGAUGUACGUCUUUGGUGGUUGGGUACCUCUGGUGGCGGACGAUUCCAAGACCACCAUCGAAAGGGAAUGGAAAUGCACAAACACCUUGGCCGUUCUGAACUUGGACACACUGACAUGGCAGAAUAUCAACAUGGAAGCGGCAGAGGAUAAUGUACCGCGUGCUCGUGCCGGUCACUGCGCUAUUGGCAUCCACAGUCGAUUGUAUGUAUGGUCUGGCCGGGAUGGUUAUCGCAAGGCGUGGAACAACCAGGUAUGUUGCAAAGACCUAUGGUAUCUUGAUGUAGAUAGGCCUCUGUACGCCGUCAAGGUGGCUUUGGUAAGGGCAUCCACACAUGCAUUGGAAAUCUGCUGGCAAGCAACAACAUUUGCCUCAGCAUAUGAACUACAGAUCCAGAAAAUAGAGCCCAUACCAGUUCCAGCCAAGCAAACGCCACCACAGCCUUCUACACCGAUGCCAUUCAGUAGCACAACACCUUCGUCGAUGAUGGCAAAUGGAAAUUCUGCAGCAGCUGUGCCGGCAGGAACUCCUAACACAGGUCAGCCACCAUCCAAGUUCCAUAAAAUUCAAAUACCAACAACGGUGUCGAUUAUGCCUGCCGGAGCCACUACUCCUACUGGCCCACUAACUACAAAUGCAGCUGCUGGCGGUGCAGCCGUUACUGCAUCAUCUCCCGGCAUCAAUAAUAUGGUAGGUGGAUAUCAGCCCACAAUGGCAAGCAAAAUACAGAGUGCAGUGGCUAGUAUAGGAGCGGGACAAACACCUGUUAGCCAGACAGCAACCAGCACCACUAACUAUUCGGCGCGGUCACAAUUGGAAUCGACAGGAACAACUGUUUUGGGCUCUACUGGUACAUACAUCAAGCAGACAACCAGUACUGCAGCUGGCAAUGCAUCAGUGGCGGUAACUGCCACAACCGUUGUUGCCGGAAAUCUGGGCCAAGUUCAAAGUUCUGGUGUUCUAAAUACUGGCACAUCGAAUGUGACUACAAUUCUGCAAAAAAUUCGACCCACAGCAGUGGUGUCCAGAACCACGACCACAGUCACGAGUGCAGUCAAUUCUAUUGUCUCGCCUGUUAGCUCUUCACAAAUGGUGCUAACUCCGGCUGGUUCUACGUCGGGUACAACAGUGACAGGUACUGGAGGAGUAGCGUCGGGCACCAAUAUUCGAGUAGUUACUUCAGUCCAGUCGGGUGCUGUACCAGUGAAUACAACUAACUCUACAGUUCGACUGGUUGCUUCAGGCUCGAGUGGAUUACGACUUGCCACACAAACUGGAGCUACUGUUCCCACAUCAGCAGUCACACAGCUCUCGGCCGUAAAUCAACUCAGUGGCAAUCAGGUGGUUGCGGCAGCAAGUUCUGCAGGUGGCACCACUUCGACUACCAUAGGAGGCAAACAGUACAUCAUACAAAAACCUUUAACGCUGAACUCUAAUGUACAAUUUCAAUUGGUUAAGACUAGCAGCGGUGGGGUGGCUGUACAAACCUUCCCGAAAAUCAAUAUCAACGUGGCAAAGGGUGCUGGCAUUCAGUCUUCCACCGGUGCAACAUUAUCGAACACAUCUCAGCCCAAACAGACACAAUUUAUUUUCAGCGGCAACGUCAGUGGAGCCACAACCAGUGGACAACAGAAACAGAUUAUGCCCGGAAAUGUGGUCAAACUGGUAUCGCCACACACACUCAGCGGCAGUAAUGUCAUCAUGAAGAACUCAAACAUCUUGCAAGUCAGUAAAAUGCCAUCCAGCGUAUCGGGCAAAUCGGCAUUUGUAAUCACGAAUAAACAAGGGCAGCAGUUGACUAAUCAACAGAUAAUCAUCGUGACCACAGGGACAGGCAUACGUGCCAUUCCCUCGGGAAGUGUGGUUACCAACGCUUCAUCUUCCAACUUGGUAUCGGUUGUGGACACAAUGACGACUACCGUACCGACAGCUACCAUUGCCAGAAAUGUGAUUACACCGGGCGGUGUUAAAAUGAUACACAACGUCGCAACGAGUUCGGUCAGGCCAAUUACGAUCACAUCACAACCAGGCGCCGGAGGCGGGCAGCUACAUCAGAAAACAAUAACGCUUGGCGGCAAAGCUGUUACCGUCCAAAUGCCAUCGAACCCCUCCAAUUUGUCGGCCGUAACGAAAACCGUGACCAUUGUGGCAUCGAAUAGCGGCCUCUCCAAGACACACAAUCAAAUUGUAACGGCUGGAAAUUCGUCUGGGGGUACCAGUAAACUAGUUGUGGUACCCACAAAUUCUAACCAAGCUGCAUCGAUGAAGGGCUUCGUCAACAUUUUCAAUGCUAGCAAUACACUGCAACGUACCAUUACCUUGUCAUCGAAGGGUAAUGUCCAGCAGCAGCCAAUUCAACAACAGCAACAAACUAUUUCUGCGGCCAAUCUCAAUUUAACUAGUGGUGAAUCUGUAUCAGAUACUGCCGGCGAUCAAGAUUCCAAUGGAGGUGACACCAUGGAUGAUAUUAUAGAGCAAUUGGAUGGUGCUUCUGAAAUGUUGAACAACGACACUGAACACAGCGAGGCAAACAGUAUGUCCAUGUCCUUUGGCGUCUAG